CUUCUUUCCGGAGGUCUUUCUCGCACCGGCGCGGCGGCACGCGGUUGCAUUCUAGCCUCGGUUCGCCUCAGUUCGCCGGAGUUCGCCGCAGUGGGCCGGUUACCUGCCAGCUCGAGCUUUAGAUUUCACUUUCAUAAAACUGCCCGGUUUUCGCGGGAUGACAGAACGUCUGCGGACCUGAUCGAAAAUCGCGCGUGCACGAGAACACGUCUCAGCCGAAGAAGAAUGUCUAGGAACGUCCUAGGAACGCUGUGCGUUCUGCUGCUGCUGCUGUACGAUCAUACCACGUGCCUGAUCGUCCCCGAGGAGCUGCCCACCAUACUGUCGCUGAUCUACUCGAAUAUUCCGCCGAUUAAGAAAGGCACCGAUUCCCGAAUCGGCGUGGGCUUCCGGCUCGGCGAGCACGCGGACUUUCAAGUGCUGCUCGAGCUGGGCCCGCAGACCGAGACCGAGCCGAUCGGGAAAGCCGAUUCGAAGAGGCGUCGAGAUGCCAUGUUCGACGCUGCCAUGAGAGGAGAGCUUGGGCCGCUGGCGCAGGCGGUCGCGAAAUAUCAGAUGGAACGGAAGUUGCAGAGGGAGCUGGAGAAGUUGAAGAAGUCCGAGGAGAAGCUGGAAACAGCGGCCGCCGAGUCUCAAGGGAAGAAGAGCGAGGCCAGCGAAUGGUUGACCAAGUGGAGCAAAGGGAUGGGGAAGUCCUCCGAGGACGAGGCCUCGGUCGAAGACAUUUCCAACGAGAAGAGUCCUCCGAGUCCUGCGAAAAAGAAAACCGUGCAGAGGAUAGGCCGACCUUCGUCUAGCUACAAUGGCGGGACAGGCUCGAUCGCGGACUUAAAGAAAUUGUACAAGGAGCAAAUCGACCAGAAAAAUUAGUUGUUGCAUUGUACAUGCCAUCGGGGUAUUUGCAACGUUGUAGAUAUUUUGUUGCGCAAGCAUAUAGGUUGUUGUACAAAAGUAUAGAUGUUACGGAGGGAGAAGGGCAAAGAACAAAGUCGAUUAACGUUACCUCCUUGCCAAAGGAUCGCGUGCGCAGCUGGCAACGUCGGAGAAAGCGUGUCAACUGCGCGAUGGUCUUUCAUCUCUUCGACGGAUAGACGAAAGUUAACAAAGCUGAAAUAUUUUUAUACCUGAUAAACUUAAUAAUAUAUCGACGUCCAUGGAUUUGUUUUCUAAACGACGGAGUAGACGAUGUUUAGAUGAUCCUGAGAGGACACGAGAUGCUGUGCUAUAUUAAAUUAAAGAAGAUUGUAUUUAAUGAAACACGUGGUUCUCUUCUUAUCCUCGACGCGUGCGAGUGUUUCCCAUUCACUUGUCAAAGGAUUAUCGUAAUACAUUUGAAGAGGAUGAAAUUGCAACGCGGAUAUUGUAAAAAAGACAAGCGAAUUUUACAAUUUUUCGAAAUAAUCGUGUGACGAAAUAGAUGACAGCAUCAACAAAUGCAAUUAACGCAAUGAUGAUCGAUUAUACUUUAAAAUGCAAUUAAUUAUGUUUUAUAAGGUUGUUAUUUGUUUUGUAAUAUACUAUCGAUGCUGUACACUCUA